GAAGAAGAAACCGAGUUGGCUUGAGUGUGAGCAUUUUGGGCCUUUCUCAAGCGAUAUUAUAUGUAGCUCAAGUUGAAAAACGCAAAGCCCCAGAAAAACAGAAAAAAAAAAAAACCAGUGGAAACUAAAGCAAAGAUUGGGGUAAGAGAGUGAGAAUUGAGAAAUGGCGAAGCAGUGCAAGUAUUCAUGCGACAGCGCAGCUGAAACUUUGGAAUGGAUCAAAGCUAUUGCAGAUUUCAUUAAACCUUACUCUUUUUUAAUCAAUGCUCACGUUGUCAAUUUCUUCAAGGAUAGGCUAUGGGAAUCUGUUGAUAAAGAAUGGAUUGAAUGUCUUGGUAAAGAAUCUGUUGAAAAUCUUCUCCUAAUUCCUUCUGGAGUUGUCCAAGAUCAUUGGCCUACUUCGCUUAAGGAGUUUGUUCUUACUCUGAAAUCUCUUGUUUAUCCUCGAGAACAAGCUGACUUGAAAAAGGUAUUUCCCGACUUCCAUACAACAUCACUUAAUAGCGUUCUUUCUCAAGGAAUGAAUCUAAAGAAGAAGCACGAGGUAGAAGUUCUUUCUGCUAUUGUUAGUUCUAUUGUGAGUACAGUGCAAGCUGAUGCAAUAAUUGAUGUCGGUGCUGGUCAGGGUUAUCUUGCGCAAGUCCUUGCCUUUGAGUACCAGCAUUCUGUAGUCGCUGUAGAUGCUUGUUCUCAUCAUGGAAAUGUUACAGAUGCACGUGCAGAGCGAAUCAAGAAGCAUUACACAGUUCAGAUGCGAAAAUUUGGAUCAGGAAACAAGAGAUUAAAUGUGCCCCAGACAAUUACAUGCCGCAUAAUGUCCCUGGAAACAUUGAAAGCCCUGAGCACCUUGUUGCCUCAUAAAUGUGAUGUUGAGCAGCCAAAAUUGAUCGAGCAAGACCUUGAACAAUAUGGUUCAAAAGGAAAUAGGAGUUCAUUGGUUCUGGCUGGACUUCAUGCUUGUGGAGAUCUCUCAGUAACAAUGCUCAAGACCAUUUUAGAGUGUGAAGAAGUUAGAGCAGUUAUUAGCAUUGGCUGUUGCUACAACUUACUAUCUGAAGAAGGGUUUGAAAAUGCUCGCAUUCAUUAUGGUUUUCCAAUGAGUUGUGGUGUUAAAACUAUUAGCUUGUCUCUUGGAAAGAGUUCUCGUGAUCUUGCUUGUCAGAUUUACAGUGUCUGGGCAAAAAACUGGUUUUCUUUUGGCCAAUACAAAGACAGGAGUGCAGAAAGAUGGAAAAGUUUAGGAAAGGAAGCUGGUCUCCACAAUUUUGAGCUGCAUGCUUUCCGCGCUGCUUUCCAAAUGGUUCUUCAUAAAUAUUUCCCUGAAGUCAUAAUAACAAGUCCUUCAAUUGGGCGCCAAGGGAAGGCUUUACGCCGUAAGCAGCAAAGGAGGAUAAUGGAGUCUGAAUUGCAUGAUGAAGAAAGUACUUAUUCGUCUUUGCCUCAGAGUCCUAAUAUGGAUGAGGCUUGCUCUGUCAUACAAAGUGGAGAAGCUGGAGCAGGUGACAAGUCAGGCAUAGGGUUGAACUUGGAUGCCUUAGUCAAUAAAAUGUCCUUAGAUACUGGUAGCAGAUGUGAAGGGAGGACUAUAUCUGCUGAUAAGUAUUCACUUUUUGAGAAAUUUUGCCGGUCUGGAUUAUGUCGUCUAGGGCUUAAACCAUUGGUUGAUAUCAAUUUCCUUGGCAUUUGGAAUGAAGUUGAGCCCUAUGUUAACCUUAUUGGAGUUUACUGGUCUCUUCGUGCUGCUUUUGGGCCUCUGUUGGAAACUGUCAUUCUUCUGGAUAGAUUAUUGUUCCUCCAGGAGCAAGCUGGUCACUUGAACGUGGUAAUGUUACCUAUUUUUGAUCCAGCAUUAUCCCCGAGGAAUGUUGCCAUAAUUGCUAAAAAGCUGGAUACAGUUAUGGCAUCAUAGUUUGAGAUAAGGUAAUAAAUAGUUUCUUAGAUGACAAAGGUAUUAUAGAUUGCAUCCGAUUUGUUUCGGUUUCAUUUGCUUUCUGAUUCAGCUUUCUUUUUACUUGAUUCACUGUGAUUUACAUUAUAAAAAUAUCUGGAAUAUAUUAAAUCGAUGAGAAAUGUUAAGAUCGUUGGAAAGUGGAUUAAGUUUAAAUCUGAUUGGUUAAUGAUAGAAGAAAGCAGGCAGGCAUAAGCUGUCAUUACAGCUAUUGGUUGCUUGAAAAAUGAGGGACCCCGUAGGGCUCAGGUCACGUGCGAUGGUUUGAACAAUUUUUGUCGUUUUAAGCAGCCGUCUGUUUGUUUACUUGUUCCUACCACCAUGAAAUUCGUUUGUUUUUUUUUUUUUCCUGCAUUGACGACAUGAAGAAUUGCCAUUCCAGACAGAUUUUUCACUCAAAACUUUUGUCCAAAUGCUAAAGUACAACGUAAUGAAAAAAAACUCUGGAACAGAAUUUCAGUCAAACAUGGAUGAUCAUUAAUGUUAAAAUGAACGUAUUAGGAAUUUUACUUUCAUUUGUUUAGGGAAGUACAACCUGAAAGAUGGAUGUUUCUUAGUGAUUUUGACAGCAGAUUGAUGGGCUUGUCAAAGUAAUCAUCAUCAGAAUUAUUAGUAGAAGAGUUCUUAAAGGACUUGAAUUUUGACUGAGUUGAGGAUAAGGAUUGCUUUAACGUUAUCCUUGGAUCACUCGGGGACCUGUUCCUUUCAGUAUUGCCCUACAAACUUUUUGGACUUUAAUUGGUUGGUUGUUGUAAAACGUCAUUUACCACUUCCAUUUCUUCAAGUGACCACUGUAAGCCACGUGGUUUCUCCUAUGAGUUUGGUCAUUGAUAAUUUCAAGUACGAAAAGUUUGUGGAUCCAAUUUCCACAAAAUUUUCACAUCGAUUAUAUUGAAUAAAAAUCAAUCGUUCAACUAAGUUUGCAAUUCAACAAACUUUUAAUACAAAAAACAUAGAA